AUGGUUGCAAGGGUUCGAUUCGAUUUCUUUCUAUUAUUUAUCAAUCACAAGGGUAGAUUUGUGACUGUCGAUGGGUAUGAGGCGUAUUAUGGUGAUAAAGUUGCCACGGUUACUGGGUUGGAUGCAGAUAGGCUAGGUUAUUUUGACAUUGAAGAUGAAAUAACGAAGUUGGGAUAUGAAAACUGGGGUAGAAUAUGUUAUAAGCAUCGGACAACACGUGAAUUUAAAGAUAUAACAGAUGAUGCUGGUGUUAUGGACUGUUUGGGUCAAAUGCAGGGAAACAAAAGAUAUGUUGAAAUAUAUGUGCAAACUGAACAUUUAAAGAAACCGUGUGGGGUUGCUGUGUGUCAACAAGAAAAUGGAUCUAGGAAUAGGGUAUCUAAAGUUGCUGAGGUAGAUCAAGCAAAGGAUACUAGUGAGAAGCUGAUUGAUACUAGUGACAAGCUGAUGUGUGACCCUAACAUGGUUGUGAAGUUAAAUACAGCCCCAAUAAACCUAAACCAAAAAAAGCCAAAAUGA